CGGCAGUCGCACUUGCGACUACUCGGCCAACGAGGCAGUCAGACAAAUUAAUAUUUAGACCUUAAUUAAUAAUGUAGGUGUAUAUUUCGGUUUCGUUGCACGUAAAUAUACUAGUGGUCACUAAAUGCCCCGUUAUUAGAUGUACAUAUAUCGGUUGGUUUAAUAGUUAACGGAUCACGGAGCAUCGCUGUUAAAGUUUACUGGGUGACAGUAAUGUUAGGUUGAUGUGUUGACCAUAAUUACAGUAUUUGGAGCAAGUCAACAAAAGAUUGGAUUAGACUGACCUACAUGUGUCAUCGCUUGUAUAGUUCGACGUUAAUUGAAGCAGAUCAACGACCGCACCCACCCACACCGCUUCCCAGUUCACAACAUUUAAGUAUGAUGACGUGCUAUGGUGAAAUCCGAGAUUUAACCGGUUCUGAUUCAUAGAAAUAGAAAGUACUAACUCAAACCCCACGCAAACAAUUAUAUAUCCAUUACCUAUGCUAUAUUCUUAUUACGGAACCAUAUACCUUGUUGUUUUUUUUAGUUUUUUGCUUAAAUUGUCACCACGCUAGUUUUAAAAACACUGAUUUUACAUGCACAUCUCUCUUAGCCUCGGGACACAGAACAUACAAAAUUUUGUAUUUCAAAUUUAUUAAACAUAUUUAAGAUGCAUAAAUCAUUAAAAGUUCAGGGCAUGUAAAUCUACUUAUAAUGUCACUUCUGCCCACGCCAUCAUAAUAAACGUUAUACUGGACCCCAAAAUAAUAUCGGAGACAAUCUAUUAGAUCAAUACUACUAGCAAUUAUCGUAAUUCGUUGUUAUUAUACCCAAGCUAUUAUAACCGACCUUAAAUGGUACGUUUCAUGAUGCAAUGAAUUAAACUUGGACACGUAACAUUUUAUCGUGGACCGUGAUUCGAAUAUCAACCCCUCAUACCAUUUGUAAAGCUAAUAAAAAUGUGAUAUUUAUUACCUAAUACCAUGGCUUUAGUAUAUAGCUGCUGCUUUUGGUUUUCUUUGCGUUUAGGAGGCAUUUUGAUAGGAAUAUUUUCUCUGUUUCAGGGACUUGUGUUAUUGGUAUUUUGUUGCUUAGGACAUAGACGGCCGGAAUUAGUCAAAGAUGAGAUUACUAACUGGAUUCAUGAUUACAACCUUAUUUAUGCUCAGAGUUAUUUAGAGGACGUACAAGCUGAUCCAGAUAAAUAUAUUUCACUUGGAAUUAGUUUCACAAGUAUUUACAUGAUUGUGUGCGUUGUGUAUAUCUAUGGGGCAUAUACGUGUAACAACGUGUUAAUGGUAUUUUAUAUACUCAUGGAGUUGCUGCGACUUAUUAUAAUUUCGGUCUUAAUUGCAACUGUAUUGCUUCUGAUUAAACAAAACACUAUGGACAUUGGUAUGCUGAUAGGAGCGAGCGUUGCUGGUGGAUUUUUACUUUUGGGGAUGUUUUACCUAUGGAUAUGUGCUGCCAAUUUACCUAUCGUUAUAAAUGAGAUGGAACGUGACGAGCAAGCUGCUGUUAUUAACAAACUACAGCAACUCCUAGAAGCUAACAAUCCCAGAGCAAUACCACGCGGUUUAGAUAGCAUCCCGUUCGCAGCGCCAUCUGAAGAUAUCGUCAACAGAAACAUAUUUAUUGUUCCUAGGCAAAAAGAAGUGAAGAUCAAUAACAAAAUUAUUGCAGGACCAAGAAUCACAAAAUCUUAUGUCAAUGAUUUCAAGUGAAUUUGUUAACACGAUUUAGUUUUAACGUUUUUAACUAUUUCUCUAUACUCUAACUCUUCAUAAUGAACAAAAUAACCACUUAGUUACUUAUCUGCAACAUUAUUUAUCGGCACACAAUUCUAAGUAAACGGUCGAUGAAGCAUGCGCUAUCUGUUUGUCAACUGACUAUUGAGUUCAAAAGUAGGUAGGUUCAUCUGUGUUACACAAACGAUAGCGUGAUCCCGAUUCUAUAUACUUUGGAACUUACAAAUACACAUUUUGACUGCACAUAAGUAGAUGGGUAGUACAUAGGUACAAGUAGUUAGACAGGUAUUGAUUUUUCAGACAUUUGACAUUGGGUAAUAAUUUAUGAGCGCUAUUGCCAGGGACUGUCACAAUCACAUAACACAAUCAAUAUACCUAAUAGUAUA